UGUUUGUUAUGUGAAAUACUGUUUCUGUACCGAUGUAGUCCUACGUAAUAUGCAGAUUUUUAAUAAAAUAUUUUUGAGGUGAAAUUAUUACUACUAACAUGUCUAUCAGCAGUGUAAAAAACGUUUUUAUUAGCGACAAAACCAAAAGUACAAGGUAAGCUGUAUAGGCAUAUCUCCUGCUCUAGACAACAGUCAACAUUGUAUGAUUUAUAUUAGUGUUGCAGAUGAAUUCUUUAUGUAAGUAAAAAUAAAUAAUUACCCGAUCACCAACUGCUUUUUAGGUGUCUGUUACAGUUAUAAUUAAUAUAAGGUUAAUGCGAUUAUAAGACACGUAAUGACUUUCUAUUUUUUUUUUCAGAGAGGUUUUUCUACAUAUGUUGAAUACAGUUGAAAGUGGGGGUUAUAUUUUGAUUUAGUUGUUUGUAAUUUUGAUGAGGAUACUUUGUAUGUAUUGCCAUAAUUUACAAAACCACAAUGCCUUAUUUACUUACUUUGCAUUAAGUCUGUAAUAAAAACUCGACCUAUAAAAUUAGGUUUGCGUGCUUUUUCUGUUUUGUAAUGUAAAUCGCAGUUGCUUUAUCUCCAAGUAACAUGAGUUGUUAUAUUUAAGUAUGAAGCGAUUAUACUUACAUUCUGUAUGUUGAUAAUAAUCAUCGAAACAAAGCCGCACCAAGAAACAAACUUGAAAUUUCACAAAGAGACCAAAAAUUCGUUAUUUAUUAAUGUUAACAUAAAUAAAUGUUCGUGUGGCUUCAACGCUUGAUCUGUUUACAGUUUGUUAAAAGAAAACAAAAUUUGUGUACACAUCCUGGUAUUUGUGUUGGUUUUUGAUUGGCAUUUAAAGCAAUUGAGGACAUGUGAUUUUUUAAAAUCUUGAGCUACACUAUUGUAAAAAAGAGAAAUUAAUUGAUGUGAUCUCACAUGAACAUCUGUUUAGUUUUCGAUGUGGUUUAAAAUAUAUUUUCAAAGUAUAUCAAAAUAUUUCAUUAUUUUUUUCUAGGCAAAGAUCUUACCUAAAGCGAUUCACUAUAUUUUUAGCGCUGUAAUGGAAUCAAUAUUUAAUCUAAUUGCAAAACAAUCUUUAUUAGAAUGUGUAUAGAAAAGUUAUGUUAUAUCACAUUUAUAUAAUAUAAUAUAUAAUACAUAUUUUUAUAUUUUUAUUUAUAUAUAUAAAAUUAUGUCAGAUGGAAAUGCAAGUACAGUACUAUAUUACACUGAUAUGGCUCUAGGUGUCUAUAUCUAUGAUAUUUCUCCUAACGUAUUUGAUCAAUUAUCUACCUUCAUCAAUUGUUUCCUGAUUCAUAUCAUGUGUUUAUUUGGAAUCCUGGGUAACGUGAUCACCAUAGUGAUCUUAGUUUACAACGGCUUCACUGUGGCUACAAAUAUCGCGCUAAUAGCCUUAGCUGUUUCUGAUUUGUUCUACUCAGUAACACAAAGCCUGGGUCGAGUCCAAUCCAUUGUUUACAAAUUUAAUCCUGAUUUAGCUUACUGUUUCUAUUCAUAUUACAUGGUGUAUAUUUUUGCAUGGAAUCAAUGUACCAUAACUACUAGUGCAUACAUCGUUACCGCGAUAGCCAUUGAGAGAAUGAUAGCUGUAUGGUUUCCUUUUAAAGUAGUUCAUUUGAUAACUCCUAUCAAAAUGGGAUGUAUUGUUAUUUUAUUAGGCGUUUUAACAGUAGUUAUAUAUUCCCCUUAUGCAAUUUAUGUACAGUUAGACCAACGUACUUUGUUUGUUAACAAAACAGUCACGUGGUAUAAACAAAACCAACCAUACAUUAACAAUGUUAAUUUCUUUGAAGUUUAUCGUACAUUUGUGACAAUAUUUUCUAAUGUUAUUAUUCCUCUCAUUAUUAUUCUUGUGUGUUGUUUUGUAAUCAUUUUAAGGCUUACAUUGUCAAAUAAGACUAUAAAGAAAAUGACGUUGUCAGAAAAAAGGGUUAGGGAUUUAAAAUCAGUUAAAAUAACCUUGUUAGUGUGUUUAAGUCUUGUAGUUCUGGUUUUAAUACCACUGAACGCGUUAGAUAUUUAUUUAUCGUAUUCACAGACCAACUUGAUAAGUCCUAGGAUCCAGAGUGUUCUAAUGUACUUGCUUCAAUGUGUUUCACAAUGUAGUGCUUCAACAAAUUUUAUUAUUUAUGUCCUUUUUAACCCAAAAUUUUUUAGUACAUACAAAAAAUUGUUUUUACUGCGAUGUUAUAUGCAAUAAAUUUAACAGAAUAUUGGCGUCGGGAGACUUAGUGCGGGGGUGCGGACCGCACCGGGUGACACCAAUUAGUGGUAUGACUCCAAGGCUAAGAAAUUGCAAAAUAUGUAGAACAAAUGUUCUUUUUUGCCAAUUCAUUCAAUGAUUAAUUAGAGUUUAAAAGUAUUUCUGGUACAAACUGAC